AUGGCCAAAGGCAAGUCAAAUUCAUUGAGGUACCGUUAUCCACUGCCGGUUCAUCCUAUAGAGCUACCUCAGCUGCUGCCGCAUAAUCCUCUAUCGUGGGUUUGUUGGAUCUAUAGCUACGUCAAGAGUUCAAGCAGGAUUACACCCAUUCAGGUUGAGAUUACCGGUGAUGAGUUCGUGCAUAUCCUCGUGAAAGAGCCAAGCCAGAUGAUCUACCUAUGGGAUAACGGAUUCUUUGGCACUGGCCAACUAUCUCGAAGUGAGCCUACUUGGUUUGAACGUACCAAUGCCAUGAUCAAUGGGGAUAGGCAAUCCAGUCCCGGGACCCCUCUGGAGAGGAUCACUGAGCAAAGAAGGUGGGAAAGGUCCCAGUUCAAGAAGAGAAGGGUCGAAAUGGAAAGACAACUGCUAGAGCUGAGGAAGAAUGGUGGUACUGUAGAGGAAGAAGCCGUCUUAUUGGAAAAUCAGAGACUAGAGCUUCGAAAUUUUAAAGCAUCCCAGGGUUCCGACUCUUCAACCACAAUAUCCAAGGCCUUUUAUGACUUCGAGUCGUUGUUUGAUAGCGAAGGAGAUCUAGCACAGCUAGAAGCACUAGAGCUGCUGCCCGUGGAAGCUGUUUUUCUCUCGUUUGCUCUCCCAGUGCUGGAUAUCAGCCCGAAUGUCCUAUUUCAAAGACUUCUAGACUACAACAAUCUGUCCUAUGGCGCAAUAUAUCCUCUGGUCAAGCAGUACGUGGCGUAUCAUCACUACAGAUCCCACGGUUGGUGCGUUCGAUCGGGAAUCAAGUUCGGCUGCGACUACUUGCUGUAUAGGAGAGGCCCUCCAUUCCAGCAUGCCCAAUUUUGCAUCGCAGUACUGGACAGCGAGGAGAGCCAUGAUUACACAUGGUACUCGAGCGUCGCUCGAGUCGUUGGCGGCGCUAAGAAGACUCUCAUACUCUGCUAUGUGGAGAAAUUGAAACCAGAGGAAGAUAUCGUCAAGAUGUGGCUGCGAAACGACUUUACCAGCGCCUUCUCCAGCUUUCGAGUGAAUGAAGUUGUCUACAGAAGAUGGGUUCCUGGGAAAAAUAGAGAUUAA